UAGUGACAAGAGAGCGUCUCGUCUCUCGAGGAAACAAAUCCAAGUAAACGCUCAUUUCUAUGCGGUUUUAUUAUUUUGGGUGUUUUGUGAGCGAUGGAGAGCGACUGCACGGACUGAGGAGCCUUUAACGGACAUUUACCGAGUGAAUAAUAAUUUCCGGCGGACACAGCGGGUGUGUUUGGACCUUAAUGCCAAGUUAGCCGACCUGUUUCGCGUGCCAUGUGGGAGUAAACCUUCCCUGGAGGUGCCAUGCUAGCUACACAGAUGCCAGAUUCGCCACCUGAGGCUAAAGAUGUCAGACAGAUCAAAGAGAAGUUGGCGCAGUCGCUCAAGGCCCUGCAGAAGCGGUAUGUGACGUCGGACGCAGUGGUCACCAGCGAAGACAGUGAUGCGAACCUCCUCUGCUGUGCCCUGGAGGCCAUCUUCAUCCACGGUAUCAAGAGCAAGUACAUCCGCUUGGAGUCUGGCAGCCGGAGUAGGAAGGGAGACAGAGGACUCCUCCCUCAGCCUUUCUUCUGGAGCCUCCUCAAGACCGUCACCCACCGUGAUGUGAUCACAGAGCUGGAGAAGAUCAGCUUCGUGGGCACGGAUGUGGGUCGCUGCCGAGCCUGGCUGCGGCUGGCCCUCAACCACGGCCUGCUGGAGUGCUACCUCGCAUCGCUGUUCCGUGAGGGCUCCAAGCUGCGGGCCCACUACCAGCCCAGUGCCUUGCUCCUGAACACAGAGGAGCGGGAAGUUCUGCUCAGCUACCUCCAGGGUCUGGCGUCUCUCACAUUCAGCCUUUCCUACAAGUCAGCUGUCCUCAACGAAUGGACCACCACGCCUCUGGCUCUCGCUGGACUCUGUCCCAUGGCCCAGGCGGACUCACUCGACCUGCCUCUCAACGGUGGAGACCUUCCCACCUCCAAACCCACGUAUAAAGAAUCGUGGGAUACAGUGUCCCAGUCGUCAGGCUCGUCAGAUGCACUGGACAUGCAGAGAGGGUGCCCUGUGACUAUGUUGGGGAGAGGGACAAAUGUAUUACAGGGAGGCAGGACUGCGCUCAACUCGUCUAAUUUAAGCCUGGACACCACAGGCUCCUCUCAGCUCUCCUCCAGCUUGAGCUCUGACAGCCUCCUGCAGGGGCAGGACCCCCGCAGCCCGACAGGAGAGCAGUGGUCUUCAUGUGACCUGGACAUGCCCAGUAACGUCAGCAUCAGCACCAAGGGGGCACAGAAGGACUCUCUGACAGACUUCAGAGAGAGUGGCCACUGCAGUCAGGACUCCAUGCGUGAAGACUCCUUUGUCUCCAGCACAGGUCCAGAUCAGUACUCAGAGACGGCUGUUUCCAGUGGCUCCGACAGCGAGACCCACGGUCCCUCUACACCCUCCCAAGACCUCGUGGACCCGCUUCCAAACUCAGCGCUGUCUGAUUCAGAGCCACCGCCAACAUCUGAUGACAACCAUGCGAACUUCUCUCCAUCUGAAGUGUGCAUUAGCAACUCUUCUGAGUUACACUCGGACACAGACGUUCUCUCUACAGUCAGUGAGCCUGUUGAGUCUGUGGAGCCUGUAGAGGACGUUCAUACGACGGUUGUUAAGGAGAGUCCUGAGCCUCUCAAGGUGGAGAAGGAAGCAGAGAUCUCGGAGCCUUCAGUGCAUCAAGGCACACGUCGCUCUACCAGCAUCCUGAGCAGGAAGUUGUCCUCAGAUUCUCUAUCACAUUCUCGUUGCUGGAUCUCUGAGGACGACAUCUACAAGCCCCACCAGGAGGAGGAGUCAGACCAUGAAGAGGUGCCUCCUCCUGCUCCCACAGCUGAGCCCAAGGUCGCCCCGUCACCUCCCAGUGUCAUCCAUCGCAGACAAAUAGGCCUGUCCAACCCUUUUCGUGGCUUGCUGAAGCUCGGGCAUCUCGAGCGACGAGGUGCGAUGGGAUUGUGGCGUGAUUACUACUGUGAGCUGUCGCCCUUCGAGUUCCGGCUGUAUCUCAACGCAGAGGAGCGGACAUGUUCUGAGAACUGCUCCCUGAUGCGGUGUGAGGACGCUCGCAUCGCCUCACCCGAGGGCCGCUUCGAGCUGGCCUUUCCUGGGAAGCGUCUCUACCUCCGGGCAGCCAAUCGUGACGAAGCCGAGGAUUGGGUGGACCGGAUAGUUGAAGCCGUCAACAAAUGCCGACCAGCAUCUCGUACUGAUGAGCAGUGGGAGGUGCUGCAACCCACCAGUGAGAACGGUGUGGAUGUGUCAUCCCCGUCCUCGGCGCCCUCCAGCCCUGAGCGCGGUCCAUCAUCUGACACGGGGACAUGUGGAGGGCAGGAGGCACCUCCUCCACCACAGGAAUUCGACUGGACUCGGAGUGUUGAUCUGGAAACAGAUUCCAUCAAAGAAUCUGUUCUGUACUUCUCCACAGAUCCUGAGGCUCGGACAUGGUCACCUCUGGUCUUCUCCCUCUCUCUGGAAGCUUUGAGAGGCUUUCGGGUACAAGAGGGACGAAAGCUGCUGCGGCAGACCCACCUGAUUGAGGAGAUCCGAGACGUGGUGCCUGACGUCUCUUCGGGAGGACCGGCCUUUUUCAAACUCCUGACUGUCAGGGAGAUGCUGAGACUCAGGGCGGAGAACGCAGAGGAGGCUCGCUCUUGGAGGUUUUUGAUCAGAGGAGCUCUGGACUCGUACCUGGAGAGUGGGGAGGAUGGGAGCUCUGGGGAGCCACCUGUAGUAUGUUCGGGGUUGACUGGAAAUCUCAACAGACUGGUGCAGCACAGACUAAAAGAAGAUGGAGCACUUCUCGUUCAUCUCCGCACUGUGCCUUCAGAGAAGGGGCUGGACACUCAGAGCUUCAAAUGUGCAGGGUGUCCUCAGCAGAUCGGCCCGUCUCGGGGCAGAGCCAGGCUGUGUGAGUUCUCAGGCCAGUACUACUGUGACUCCUGUCACCAAGGAGACACCACCAUCAUCCCUUCACGCAUGGUGCACAACUGGGACCUGACGCAGCGAGAGGUGUCUAAGAAGGCCAUGCACCUGCUGGCUCAGGUGGAGCAGGAGCCUCUGCUGAACCUGGAGCUGCUGAACCCCGAGCUGGUGAGGCACGCUGAGUCCAUGUCCCAGGCCCACAACCUGCGGCAGAGGCUACGCCUGCUGGGCGACUACCUGCUCACCUGCCGCAGCGGAGCCUGCAAGAAACUCCACGCCAGAAUGGAACAGCGAACGUACCUGCUGGAGUCGAGCCAUCUGUACAGUGUCAUGGACCUGCGACAGAUAGCAGAGGGUCAGUAUGCAAACUACCUGAUGACGCUGUUGCAGCACGCCUCCAACCAUGUGUUCCACUGUGACCUGUGCACGCAGCGUGGCUUCAUCUGUCAGAUAUGUCACGCUAAUGACAUCAUCUUCCCCUUCCAGUUUGACACCACCACCAGAUGUAAAGAUUGUAAGGCUGUGUUUCACUUGGCCUGCAAGGCUGCCGGGGACUCGUGUCCUCGCUGUCAGCGGAUGAAGAAAUACCUGGAGAGAGAUCUGCAGGACAUGUAGCCACAUCUUCAGGAAGCGAGAGGAGCAAAGAGAAGAAUAACAUAAAGUCUAGCUUUUACAUGAAGUAACCUCAAGUGCAAUUAUGAGUGCGAUUUGCGUGACUAACCUUAAAACCGAACAGGAUGAGCGACAGCGCUGCAGUAGCUAGACUCUCUUGCACUAAUUUAGAGGCCUGAUAUAAUGCAGCCAAAUGUUACUGACCAGUGACUCUAAUACCUCUCUGAAUUCAGACUCCGCCACGGCAUCAAACGAAGGACAGGAUGACGGUGAAGGUUGCUGCCAAGAAUUGCAUCCAACAUUUGUUUUUUACUUUGUCUUGUUGUACAAAGUUUGUCACCAUCAUGUUUACCAGAAAUGCUCCACGGAUCAUUCUGCAUUUGCUUCAGAUGCACAUAUUUAAACACAAUACAGCAGUGAGGUUGGGUACUACACAUGCAAAAUAUCAAAAAACAGCACUUGAAAUGUUCGAAUCAACAGGUUUUGAUUGUGCCUUCUUUUUAAUUUAAGCUUUACACUGUUUUCCUCUUGGUGUGUAACACCGGGCCAAAAAGCAUCACAUCAGCUGGUUUCUGUUCAACUCCCAGAGGAGGAAGUUACACUGCUGCAAAUACAUUUAUGUGAAAGUAAAAACAGGGUUUCCCACACAUUCACGCCACGAUUAAAACAUUUGCUGCCACUGUUCAUUAGGAGUGCUACUGGUAUGUAUUUGGUUUUUCAUUUCUCCACAUCGUUGUAGGGCAGAGUGUACUCUGGGCACAGACGGAGCAGCAGAACGCCAGGUGCAUUGAAAGUGACACUUGACCGCUCAUUGCACUUGGUCUUAAAGUGUGUUUUCACUCGCCUCUGCAGCAGCUGCUCCUCUCGUCCAUCGAUCUGAUCUGAUCAGUUAUCCACCCUGUGAUUUAAAACUCCACAAACUGCUACCGAGGAAAAAAAUGAACUCAUGAAGAGUUCCGCCUGUGCUGCGUUCAGGAACCUACAAAACCUCCGGAUUCAGAGAAGGGACAUAGACUAAUACACACAGGCGAGGAAAAAAAAACGGAAAGUUAGCCUCCUCUGCAGCUACCGCCACAAAUAGUUUCUAAUUCUGUGGGCAACGCUGAAAAGGAAUAACAGGGUUCCUAUAGUCAUGAAAUGUCUGGACAGUUACGAAAAAAGUUUACCAGGCCUGGGAAUGUUUUUAAUUUAACAGAAUGUUUUGGCUGUUGUUUAAAAUAUGUUGUUAAAAAUCUCAUAACAAGUCUAAUGUUACACAAAAUAUCUUCCUCGUAUUUCUUGUUUAAAAUCUUGUGCCGGGCUGCGUGAUUGUUGAAACGUCACUAGUAUCAUGUGAUACACAGGCCAGACUGGCAUUGCUUUAUCACCAAGGCCACGCCGCCCUUUUGAGGGAAAGAUCAUCUAAAAGGUCAUGACAGCGAUCAUUAAGGUAUGCGAAAGCUUAGGUUCAGGCCAAGGUCAAAGAACAACUAUUAGAUGCCUGUAACAAAAAAUAAACGCAGACAAACUUAUUAAAAUUCUAAUCUAAACGCGUCAAAUUGCACUGAGAUCUACAGUGUCUUCAGUUUUCUGUCCCCCAAAAAGGGGCGUGGCCUCGAUGUUUCGUGAAGUACCUGUAUGUGCCGGUCUGAUCGACUGACACAAGUAGCUAGUUGGCAGCGGGAAUGUCUAAUGAGCACGAAAGGUUAGCAAGCGCUAGCUGUUUGCUUAUAUGCUAAUGCUAGGGUGGGAGUUUGCAUGUUCUCCCUGUCAGCGUGGGUUUUCUCCGGGUACUCCGGCUUCCUCCCACAGUCCAAAGACAUGCAGGUUAAUUGCUGACUCUAAAUUGGCUGACCCCGCCCCCAAUGUCAGCUGGGAUAUUCUCCAGCCCCCCUACGACCCCUAACAGUAUAAGCAGUUAUGGAAAAUGAGUGAAUGAAUGUAUUACUUUGUCGGCCCACCAAUUUUAAACUACUUAAAUAAAAUCAUUGAAAUUGGGUAAAAUAUUAUGGAAAAUAUUUUGAAAUUGAUUAGUGAGAAUUUGUGGGAACCCUGUAAAAAUCAGUCACCAAGAAGACUCAAUGGAAUGUUUCUCUCCGUAUAUUAACUCACAGACUCAAUUUAUAAUUUUAAUUAAAAAAAUAUAUUUGGCCGUUUGCUGCUUGUGUGGUGAGCCACAAGUUUAUCUGAAAUAAAUAAAUAUAACUGCGUGGCAGAAUCAACAAAUGAUUGGAUUUCACAUACCUACUUUGCACAUUUGCACUUCGCUCUGACUGUUAACGAUAUUUCAACUGUAUUUAAGUUGUAAUAUCCUCUAGCACAUGAACUUCGCCCUAAACUAACAAACACACCUGCUCUGCUGGCGUCUUUAUUCUCACUUUGCUUCAUUUUGUUUUCAUGUUUCGAUGAUUUGACUCUGAUGAAGAGUUGAACUCAGAUGUAACACAGACAUAGAUUUUUUUUAACAAUCUGCAGAGAACAUUGAAGGUUUACUUAAAUAUGCAGAACAUAUCAUACGUGAGAAUAAUGCAGUACUGUUUUUCCUGGUUUGUAUAUUUUUUAUUUGUCAUCUCAUUUAUUAUGUAUGAUGUAUAAAUGACCAUUAUAAAUAAAUGUCGGUGUGUUA